AUCACAAUAAAAUUGAAAGGGGGCAGCAGAAGGGCGGAGAGGGAGAAUGAAGAAAGCGAUGGAGGCAUUGUGGGAGGAAGUGAGGGAGCUGAGUCUAGGAAACAGCACAGAAAUAGACCACCUCGACUCCCCUCCAACCCCACUCCAAUUCCUAAGAGACUACGUUUCUCAAAACAAGCCCUGCCUAAUCUCCUCCGCCACUCUCCACUGGCCCGCCCACUCCUCUUGGUCUCAAGACACUUACCUCACCCAAUCACUCUCCGCUUCUCCAAACGUCUCCGUUCACCUAACCCCACACGGCAACGCCGACGCACUGGUCCCAUUCCCCAACAACAACAACCUCUGCUUUGCUUCGCCACACGUCCAACAACUCCCUUUCCGCGAAGCUUUACAUCUCAUAACAACAACAACAACAACAAAUUCAGAUUCUAAUUCCAAUACCCAAAAAGUUGUUGCUUAUUUGCAGCAACAGAACGAUUGCUUCCGCUCCGAAUACUCGGCGCUUUCUUCGGACUGCGAUGAUCACAUACCGUGGGCUACUGAGGCACUCGGAUCUCUUCCCGAAGCUGUUAAUCUAUGGAUUGGGAACCAUCGCUCUGUCACUUCUUUUCACAAGGAUCACUACGAGAAUCUAUACGCCGUCGUUUCUGGUGAGAAGCAUUUUCUGUUACUUCCUCCCACUGAUUAUCACCGUAUGUACAUCCGCAACUACCCUGCUGCUCGUUAUUCCUAUUCCCAGGAGUCCGGAGAGUUUGCAUUGGAGCUGGAAGAGCCUGCGAGGUACGUGCCUUGGUGCAGUGUAAAUCCUUAUCUUUCGCCGGAGAAUAUGGAGGCUGAGAUGUCCAAAUUCCCCUUGUAUUUCAAUGGCCCAAAGCCCUUUCAGUGUACGGUCAAGCCUGGACAGAUUCUUUACUUGCCAAGUAUGUGGUUUCAUCACGUUAGGCAGAGUCCAGAUGCUGGAGGGCGGACUAUUGCAAUAAACUAUUGGUAUGAUAUGCAGUUUGAUAUCAAGUAUGCCUAUUUCAACUUCUUGAAAUCAAUUCAAUACCGAUCAAUUCAUGAUCCAACAUUGCCAAAAACAGCAUCUAAGGACACAGAUUCGGAAUCAGAUUGUGAUUCAAUUGCAUAUGGCUUUAAGGAUGAAUUUAGUGCUAAUGGAUCUGUAGAAAAUUUAGCUGGGGGCAAUACUAAAGAAGAAUGAGUUUUGAUUUGAUAGCCUGGGUGCUCAAUUGUUCAUGUGUGGGAUUCUUUAGGGCUGGAAAGAAACAGAGAUCCCAGAAAAAGGACAUUGGGAUUGUAACUGGUAAGAAAGUUGCUUGAAGAAUGAAGAUAUUGAAUACGUGGAUGGGCACCUUAAUGUCCUAUAAUUUUGGCCUAUCCAUAUUAAUCCUGAUGCAUUUCCUAUCACAGAAAAAUUUUGGAGAAAUGAAGCACAAAAUUGAUGUGGCUC